AUGGCUAAUUUAAAGCUAAUUGUGGCAAAUCACUGUUAUAUCUUUCUACUCUUUAUUAUUACAUUCAUUUCCAACUAUCCGAGUAAUGUUGUUGCUAAUAUCGAUGUUAAGAAAUCCAUCGUUUAUGGACCUGGAUUAAUCGCGGAUGCCGCAUUACCUGCCCGUUAUUUUUUGAUACAAGCUCGAGAUAAACCAGGAAGGAAUAUUAGCUAUGAUAUAAGCGAAGAUAGCUUUGAUAUCUCUAUUGGCCCUCCGAAUGAACGAGGAAGAAUUUGGGUACAAAAAUAUAAAUAUAGCAGAGGCAGAGUACUAGUAAGAUAUCGUAUGUUCCAGAGCUAUCGUGAUAUUCAAAUCCAAAUCCUUUAUAAAGGGAAACAUGUGGCCAACUCUCCGUAUUGGUUAAAAGGAGGUGUAUAUCAUGAAGAAUGCCAUUGUCCGAUGCAAGAUACUCAGAAAUGGCUACAAGCAAUGAAUUGUAAUUUAAAUCAAUCUCAAAUUGAGCGAGAUCUAGCAAAAUUUCAAAAAGUAAACCUGAAAAGUUUAAGGCAAGAGGGGCUCGAUCGCUUUGGAAAACACCAUGCAAUCUGCCAUUACUCCGUUAUAUCAAAUAAGGUCUACAGAAACUGCUAUGGAGAGCAUGUAGGAUUUAAAAUGUUUAUGGAUGCUAUUUUGCUAUCCUUAGCGAGAAAGGUAAAACUUCCAGACCUAGAGUUCAUCUCAAAUCUAGGAGAUUGGCCGCUAGAAAAUCAGCAAAAUAAUUUAAUUCCUAUCUUCUCAUGGUGUGGAUCAGAAACCACUAGCGACAUUGUGAUGCCAACAUAUGAUUUAACACAAUCAACGUUAGAGAUGAUGGGCAGAGUUUCUGUCGAUGUACUUGCCGUUCAAGGAAGUACUGGUCCAAAAUGGAAGGAUAAAAUUGAAAAAGGAUUUUGGCGAGGCCGUGAUAGUCGACAAGAGAGACUGAAUUUAGUUAUAAUGGGAAGAAACAACACUGACUUAAUGGAUACGGCUUUAACCAAUUUCUUUUUCUUUAAGCAUGAUGAAGCAUUAUAUGGGCCUAUACAAAAGCAUAUCUCGUUGUUCGAUUUUUUUAAGUAUAAGUACCAGAUAACACUCGAUGGUACAGUUGCUGCUUACAGAGUACCAUAUAUUCUUGCCGGUGACUCCCUAGUAUUAAAGCAGGAUUCAGAAUAUUAUGAACAUUUCUACAAGGAUCUAAAGGCUUGGACACAUUACGUCCCUAUAAAGAGAGAUUUAAGUGAUUUAAUUGAAAAAAUUAAAUGGGCAAAAAACAAUGAUAAACAGGCAAAAACAAUUGCCCAAAAUGCCCAACAAUUUGUUUUAGACAAUUUACUUCCAGAUCCAAUUUUUUGUUACCAUUGGCAGUUAUUUAAUGAAUACUCUAAACGUUUAACUUCAAAACCUCGAAGAAGAAAAGGCAUGGAGCGAGUUGAAGAAGAAGAUAAGUCAAGAAGCGAUUGCAACUGCGAGAGAAGAGACAAGGUUCGUGAUGAGUUGUAA